AUGAAUGAAACUACAGACAAACUUAACUCUUCUCUCAUUCUUCCUUUCAGUAAAGAUUAUGAGUUCUGUUCAAAUGGUGUGUAUUUCUAUUGUGGAAAGAUGGGUUCAGGUAAGACAUUUAAUUUAAUUCGUCAUAUACUCAUAACAGAGCGUUUAGGAAACGACUCUUACUAUGACCAAAUCAUUAUAUCAGCAACUUCAGACUCUAUGGACUCAACAGCGAAAACAUUUAUGUCAAAAGUUCAAGCCUCUGUCGUUAAAGUUCCAGACAGUGAACUCAUUGAAUUUCUUCAACGUUACAUUCGACGUAAGAGGAAAUAUUAUGCCAUCGUUGAAUUUAUACAGUCAGGAAUGCAAAAGACUUCUGAGGAGAUGGAAAGAAUUAUUGACAAACACCACUUACGUCAGUACUCAGGAGUUUACGAUAUGAAACGACUUACAAACUACAUUCU